UUUAUUGGUGCGUUAGACUUUUAAAUUCCAAACGGUUGUCUCGUGUUCAAGGCGAGGGUUUUUCAAACCCCACGUCAGUCCUGCGCAGUUGCCUUGUAGAUCUAUUGGACGUAUUUGACGGUAGACGUUAUUAUUUCUGGCUGGAUUAUUUUUCUUCGAGGAUGAGUUCUGUUGAUGUAAAUGAUGAGAAUCGUGGGGUCUGCCCUGGAGGAAAGCACAGCAGCUUGAGCAACGACAUCUUUGCCAUUGAUCAGCCAACUGGGAGGCCUUCCAUCCUGCGUCAGACAGAGAACCUACCCAGCAAGACAGUUCCAAAGGGGUCAAAGGUUUGUUUUCAGACUCCAAGAAGAGACCCUGUGACUAAAAGAAUUUUAUCCCCAACCAAGUCUGCCAAGAUGACCUGUGUGGAUGAGUGUUCUGUAGCUAUGGGAGCUUUGAAUUUGGAUAAAACAAAUGAUUUGCUGCCAGAGGUCUCGACUGGAUCAGAUGAGCCCAACCAAGAAGCAUCUCUCUACCCUGAUGAUAUCAUGCCUAUACAAAGCAAAGGCUACCAGUUGGAUUUUGACAACCUUGAUGCUUUCAACCCAUUUCAGGGGGCUAACAAGAUGGCCCUUUUUCCAACAAAACCUGUCAUUGAAAAUGUUCCAGAAGAACAAGGCGCCCAUACAGAACCAGAGAGUACCAUGGAUGAGCCUCCUAAGAUAGAAUUUGCACUAGAUGAGACCCUUCCAGUCACCCCGUCUGUUGAAAAUUCCCUGUUUGACGUCUCUGCUAACAUCAGUUCUACAGAGAGCAGUGUGGUCACCGUAGCAAAGGUUGCAGCAAUUAAGGAACAAGAUUCAUGCACUGCCACUCCAGACCAACAACCCAUUAAAAUGUCUCCACGUGCUGAUGAAGACCCGGCAUCAGGCAGUUUUGUGGAAGAUGCUCCAUUACAAGUGAAAAGCUCAUACAACUUAGAUUUUGACAACCUUGAUGCUAUAAAUCCUUUCCAGACAGGUGGCUGUAAAAUUGCAAAUUCCCCUACUCUGGAGAGAAAAAUGCCAGAAAAGAGCCUUUUUGUAGAUGAGCCACAAAUAAAGGAAGAAAAACCUGCUGACGUUGUGAAUGUUCCUGAGGUGGCUGAAGAAGAGCCUGUUCAGCCUGAAGUAACACGAGAUGGAGGGGCCACAUCCACCAAUACAGACAAGUCUACCCCAAACACAGAGGGCCCGAUCAAACUUGAGUUCAAUUUUGAUGACUGUGACGUUAAACAGAAACCACCACCCAAAAAAUUUGGCAAAAGGCUCCCUGGCGCUAAAUCUAAAGAGGUAAAGCCAGUAGAUGACAAACGACCAUCACAAGAACCUCAAGUUAAGCCUGAUGCUGGUGAAGCCUCUGAGCUUUCUGCCCCUAAAAGUUCCUACUCAUUUAACUUAAACAAGUUGGAUGAUCUCGACUUUAAUCCAUUUGGCACAAAAACGAGCGUAAACAACUCUCCAAAGGCCAACGAGAAAGCUAGUGCUGUUCCAGAGCAAAUGGACAAGCCUGCAGAGGAUGGAGCUGCAUGUGCAAGAGAAAGUGCUCCAUCAUCUGAUCUCACUUUUGGAGAUAUGACUAAGCACAGUGCUGCUUCUGGUGACGGAUUCCAGUCUGAUGCUGAGCAGCUUGACAAUAAUCUUCCUGAAUCACAUCCCACAAUGUCAACUGAGCCUGAGCAGAAGUCACAGAACGACAUGUCAGAGUUCAGUGAUGAGUUUGUUCCUGGAACAAUGUUCAUGACCAAUAACUUUGAUGGACAAAUCGACUACCUUGAACAGUUUGGCUCCAGCAGCUUCAAGGAAUCUGCGUUAAGGAAACAAUCCUUGUACCUAAAGUUCGACCCUCUCUUGAGGGAGAGCCCAAAGAAGUCUGCUGGGCCAGCUGCCCAGACUAGUGUCCCCCAUCCUGCAGCCCUAGCUUCACGGUUUGAAACACAGAAUACGACAUACAAAGAAUCAGAAAAUGAGCCACAAAAAGAUUACUUUAAGGUAUUUGCAGCACCAAGUACUCCAUUACUUGAGAGCCUUGUUCCUCCUUUCCCUCAACCAGCCAACACAGAGGAUGCCAUUAUUGAGGUGCUGAAGUACAGUCAGAAAGACUUGGAUGCAGCAAUCGCCAGGGUUCAGGCAGAAGUAAAGGAAAAAGAAGAACAAUGGAAUGCAAAGUACAAAAAGCAACUUGAUGAUAGUCAAGAAAUGAGGAAAAUAACUGCAGAAUAUGAGAUUAUAAUCGCACAAAUGAUGGCCGAUCAAGAAAAGGAGAAGGAGGUGGCUCAGGCAAAGCUCAACGCAGCUCUGUUGGAGAAGGACCAAGUGUCCAGUGACCUCAACGCCAUGGAGAGGUCUUGCUCUGAUCUUUUCAAGAGGCUGGAAAAGUACAGGGAUGUUGUUGACGGUUACAAAAAGAAUGAAGAGACCCUGAAAGCUUGCGCUCAAGACUAUCUGGUUAGGAUCCGAAAGGAGGAGCAGCGCUACCAGAUGCUGAAAGCCCACGCAGAGGACAAAAUCAGCCACGCGAAUGAGGAAAUUGCAGAAGUGCGGUCCAAGAACAAAGCUGAAGUCUCUGCUCUUCAUGCCCAGUUGCGGCGGGAACAGCUGAAGGUGCAAUCGCUGGAGAAAAGCCUUGACCAGAAGGAGAAAGAGGUUGAGGAGCUGACCAAACUUUGUGAUGAACUCAUUACUAAAGUUCAAAAGGGCUGAGCUCAUGUGUAAAUAUUGUAUGUUUUAAGUAGUAUGUUCUAUUCUUGUCUAGUAUGUUGUUGUUGCUGUCAAUGUUCCAAUACUGUAAGUUAAUAAAGAUAAUUUACAAUUUGAAA